GAAAAAUAGCGUACGUUUCGUUCUCUACAUUAUCUAGCUCAUAUAUUUCUCACAUAUUUUCCCCUCCUUUCAUUCAUUAUCCUUAAAUCACUAAGCUAGCUUCUUUGAUUAAUUACUUAGAAGUUUGAAGAAAAUGCAGCAUCAACCAGAGAAACAAAGGAACGAAACACUUCCACCGCCUCCGGGAGGCGAUGUGGAAAACACCCCGACGGCGGGAUCAUUAGAUGGGAAGAAAUUAAUGAAGGGUGAUCGAUUGAAGCUAUGGGGUUUUAUUUUUAGGGCAUGUGCUAUGGCUGUUUCUCUCCUAUCUUUUAUCCUUAUGGUUGCCGUCUCUGACUUCUAUCUAUAUGCUGGCUUCAGUUAUGUGCUUGGUAUAGCAAUUAUUGUGAUGGUGUAUACAACAGUGCAAGUUGGGAUAAAAGGUCACGAACUUCGCACCAAAAAGGAUGUCAUUCCACCCAACAUUGCUAUUUGGAUCGACUUUUGCGGAGAUCAGGUAUUGGCAUACAUGAUAUUUUCAUCAGCAUCAUCAGGAGCAACAACUUCUAUCUCGUUAGGAACCGUAUACAUGAGUUCAGGCUUACAAUUGGUGGCAGCGUCCGUCAGCAUGUCUGUUUUGGCCUUUCUUUUCUUGGCACCUGCCGCACUUUUAUCUGCAUAUCGUUUAUUUGCUAAUCUUUAAACUCCAUUUUUUUUUAUUCCUUGCUUUUCUCCUCUUCUUUUUCUUUGAUUAUAUUCUUUGCUAAUUUGUCCAUGUUAGAGUAAACAUUUGUUGUCAAAAAUUAAAAAAGAGUAAACAUUAUUGUUUAUUGGGUUGAUCAAUUUGUUAUACUAGAAGAUUGUCUCCUUUGUCAAUUGCUUUAA